AUGGACUGGAUAAAUAAAGUUAGGUUCUUACAACCCCCGAUUGAUCAACCCGAAAUGGUAUACCAGAUUCUGUCGCACUACGCUUUCCAUGUAGCAGUCGCUCUCCGUGGUUUACGCAUUACCACCACCAAUGAUCUCAUACAACAGCUUUCUCAUUUUCAACAAGCCCACUCCAAUCGAAACCUUCAGCCCCAUCAAAAUCAAACCUCUUCCCCUCAGCAAAAUUCAUAUCACCAGUCUUCAAGUUCACCACGCUACAAUCAAUACCCUCCCCGUCAAAACAAUUACUCCCCUCGUUUCAAUAAUUACAAUAGACCUCAAACGGAUAACACUCAAAAUCAAUCGUCACCCCCAUCACCAGACCAGGCCACUUCCCCUUCGGGAAACUAG